AUGACAGCAUUAUACAAUCUUGCCGGCAGCUGUUUCUUUCUCGCCGUCUAUGCGGGCGCUAUACUACCUCAGCUCUAUUUUGGUAUUCGGCACAAGACAUGGGGAUUCCUCGUCAGCAUGAUCCUGGGCCUCGUCCUGGAGAUAAUCGCCUACGUAGCCAGAAUCAAGCUACACAACGGCGAGGACGUAUUCAGGCAAUACAUCGUGACCAUCACCAUCGGCCCGGCCUUCUUCAGCGCCGCCCUGUACCUCAGCCUCGCGCGCAUCAUCCCCGUCUUCGGGGCCUCCAACUCGCGCCUCCAGCCGCGCACCUACACCGUCACCUUCGUGCUCUGCGACUUCGCCGCCCUCGUGCUGCAGGCCGCCGGCGGCGGGCUCGUGGCCGGCAGCGAUCCCUUGGACCAGGACACGUUCGACACGGGGCUCAGCGUCCUGCGCGCGGGGCUCGCCUUCCACGUCGCGGGGAUGCUCGCCUUUGUGCUGCUGGCGUCCGACUAUGCCCGCUCCGUGUGGAGGAACAGGAACUCCACGGCCAAGGAGGUCGAUGGUGACUACCUGGGGUUGCGUGAGACGAGGGGGUUUCGUGUCUUUAUCUUUGCUCUCGCCGCGUCGACGCUUUGCAUCUUCAUCCGUACCUGCUACCGGCUCGCUGAGCUUAGCAUGGGCCUGGACAGUGACCUUGCCAACGACGAGGUUGCCUUCCUGGUGCUUGAGGGAGCCAUGGUGGCCAUUGCCGUCAUCCUUCUAAGCAUUUCUCAUCCUGGUGUUGCCUUCCAAGGUCUGUGGGGCAAGGCAGACUUCCAGCUGGUGAACAGAAAGCUGCAGAGGACGAACAGUCGGCAAGUCAUCGGUGACGAAACAGAACUUUCCAGUUACUGA